UGGCAGCCGGGAGCGACGGGGAGGUUCCGGGCGGAGCGCGAGCUUCCGGGAGCGGCGCGGCGCAGCGGGCCGGGCCGGGGGUGAGGAUGAAGAAGGAGCAGGUGGCGCACUGCCAGUUCUCCGUGUGGUACCCGCGCUUCAGAGCUGUCACUAUCCGCAGUGUUAUACUUCCCCUACCAGAGAAUGUGAAAGAAUAUUUGCUGGAUGAUGGAACGCUUGUGGUUUCAGGAAGAGAAGAUCUGCCAAGUCAUUCACAGGAGGGGAACGAUGAUGCAGAGGAAAUACAGUGGUCAGAUGAUGAGAAUACUACAACACUUAAGGCACCAGAAUUUCCUGAGUUCACAGCUAAAGUUCAAGAAGCAAUAAGUUCCUUGGGUGGUAGUGUUUUUCCUAAACUUAACUGGAGCGCACCAAGGGAUGCUUACUGGAUAGCAAUGAACAGCUCUCUGAAAUGUAAAGCUCUCAGUGACAUCUUUCUCCUCUUCAAGAGUUCAGACUUCAUUACUCGUGACCUCACUCAGCCAUUUAUUCACUGUACUGAUGAUUCCCCUGAUCCUCCUUUGGACUAUGAGCUUGUUCUUCGCAAAUGGUGUGAACUAAUCCCUGGUGCAGAAUUCAGAUGCUUUGUCAAGGAAAACAAGCUUAUAGGUAUAUCACAGAGGGACUACACUCAAUACUAUGAUCAUAUCUCCAAGCAACAUGAGGACAUCUGUAGAUCAAUACAGGAGUUUUUCAAGAAACACAUACAGUACAAAUUCUUGGAUGAAGACUUCGUUUUUGAUGUGUACAGAGACAGCAGGGGUAAGAUUUGGUUAAUAGAUUUUAACCCAUUUGGUGAGGUAACAGACUCCUUGCUGUUUACGUGGGAAGAACUGACCUCUGGGAAAAACUUGAAAGGAGACCAGGGUGAAGGGGAAGCAACAGAACAGGACUAUCCAGUUUUCCGUUGUACGAACAGUAAAGUUACUGUCCAGCCUAGUCCAUACCUGAGUUACCGACUGCCAAAAGAUUUUGUGGACCUUUCUACAGGAGAGGAUGUUCACAAAUUAAUUGACUUUCUUAAACUGAAAAGAAAUCAGCAAGAUGAUGACUGAGGUAUCAAGAAGCAUUACACUGAAUUACAAGGAAGAAAUGUGGGAAAAGCUAUAUUUAGCACAACUAUUAAGCUAUUGAUUAAAAAAAAACCCUGCUUUUUAUAGUCCAUGAAAGAACUGAAGAGCUGUUCAUCCUGUGUGUCUGCUGGCUUGUAUAAAAGUGUAGAAAAGUCUUUUGCAGGGAAACAUGAAAUAUUAGGGUGCAUUCUCACUGGAUUCCGGGCUAAAUGCAAUUAUACCCUGGUGCAAGCAAGCAACAAUCUGAGUGCAACUGAACAACUGCUUUCUCAUCUCAUAAUUGAAGAUUGAUGCCAUUGAAGUAUGCCAUCAGACUCUGCAGUGGUAAAUAUGAUAACAUUUAAUGCUUGUGCAGUUACAACAUCAAGCAUUCUCUGAAUUUAGGCACAAUCUUGCUUAAAAUAUAGUCACAAGGAAAGAAAGGAAUGUUUUUUUUCUGUAGUAACCUUUUAAAAUUGUAGAUUGGCUUUCUUUUGGGAGCACUUCUCAUCCUUCCUUUAUACAUAAAAAAAAAGAAAAGAUAAAAAAUGUGGAGAAGAGAUUUUUUUUCCUUUGUUAUGAGGGUUAAUGAUUCAUUUCAGAGAACAGCUAAGAUGUAGUAGAAUACUUAAUGUUUGAAAAGUUUUAAUUUCAGGAAUUUGAAAUUUUGAAUGCAUUUCAAGUAAAGUAAUAUUUUCACGGUAGCUAAAGCUAUGAAAUUUGUUAAACUUCACCAAAUUUCAUUUUUCAUAGAAAAGCUUUCUUGAAACUUAUUUUUUAACAUGAUUACAUACUAGACAUCAUCUGUGGCUUUAAUAUAAAUAGUUAAACAUAACAUCAACCUGUAGUUUUAUAUGUGGACUCAGUUUUGUUUCUUUUGUACCACAUCUCUGAGCUUUUUAAGAAAACUAUUACUCUUUCAGCUCUUAAAAUUCUAGAUUCAUUUGGUGGUACUUUAGGUUUUUUGUAUAAAAGGAAGCUUGGCUAAAUCUGGAGAAUCAGAAGCUCUUGUUACCAGUUGCUGUUAUUUGGAUGGUGGAGAGAGGGCAGUUUCAGACGAAGAGCCAACUAACUUUUGAAUAUAGGUGUUUGCAUCACAUUGGUAAUGUAUUGACAGUGUGGUGUGCACAACUGUUGAAAUGAAAGGACAUUUGGGGAUGCUUAUAGCCCUGGAAACUGAUUCCUGUUUCAAACUAAUUAUGUGAUCCUUUGUGUAUAUAAAGCUGUUCAUGUUUCUUUGCCUUGCUUUUCUGUCAGAUUGAUAUGGUGCUCAGUUACAAUCUGUUCUUAGAUGUUAAAUCUGAGCUUAGAUGUUAAAUUAUUACUUACUGUCUUUAUUUAGGUUCAGUUUUGAAUGAAUACUGACUCUUAAGUUAAAGAUUAUGCAGAUUAAGAAUCCAGUACUACCAAAUACAUUGAUGAAACAUCACAGAUUAAAGCUCCUGGAGUCUUGAGAGUACAAGGUCUGCCUAACCCUUGAAGUGAUGGAAUCUCUUUCUCAAUAGCUUUUUGUAUACAAAUUGGAAGAUCAUUAACUCAGGGCUGGGCUAUACCUAAUCCUGCCAUACUGUGGGACUUUGGAUGAGUUUUUCUCACCCUUACUAGAGGCAUUAUUUGAGUAUAAAUGUCUCUAAAACAGGUAGGAACUUCAAAAUAUAAAAAAAUCAACAAAGCUUCCUUUUUCUUUUAAUGUUUUUAGCUGUAACUUAAACUAUUGUGAUGAUCUAACCACACUUCCUUUACAUGGAUGAUGCCCUGGAAUUUCCAGCAGAUUCAUAAGUGCUUCUGAACUGCAGAUUAUUGUCUUUAAAAAUACUGAGUCUUGGUUUAAAGCUGUAAGAUAGUUUCCUGCAUCCUUUUUGUGGGCUCUGCUAAUUAACUUACCGUUAUCACAACUUUCUGUGCUGGAUAUUCACCAGAACAUAUACAGUGUUGGGACCAGUUUGAUGGGACCCUGUGCACUCCAGAGUGUCCCUUUAGGCGAGCAGGUUGGGGAGCGGUAGCCUUUUAACAGUCCUUUGUUUCUUGAUGUUAUUUAUCCUGAAAAUGGCAUUACCGAGUGAACUGGCCAUAAUCAGUGCAGAGCUCUUAGACUUGCUGCUUUAUGUUUGCAAGAACUGCAGUUUUCUGUGCUCUACAUUUAUAGCUGAGUGUUUCUAGGACAAAUGGCAGUGGAAUCAGACACUGCCCCAGCACCUGGCUCCCUAAACAGCUUUGCUUGUUGCUAGCCUGUGCUGAUCAUCUAGUUAAAGGACCACCAUAAUAACAUGCUGUGCUCCUCCUGUCUCCUACCCAGUGCGCUCUGGCACAGCUUACUCCUCCGUCCCUCAUCGGUUUCAACAGCUUUUUAAUAUACUCAAAGUUUAUAUAGUUCUUUAUAGUUGUAUGCUAGUGGUAAGUGAAUUCAAAGUUUGGUUUUCUCCCCUAUGAUUUGCUAACGGGUGACCAAUCUGAAUUAAUAGACUGCUCACCCAAGCUAUCAAACACUGACUAACUUUAUUGCAGAGUUACGGGAACUUAUGCCACUUUCUCUGGGCUUAGUCAUCAUGAAAAACAAUAAAAGGUAGCAGAGCAAAAAUACUAGUCCCAUGUUCAGCUCCCAAUACAGAAAGUCCCCACUAUAAAAAUGUGUUCUAUGUAAUCAUAUUCCCCAAAAUACCAUAUUCUUACAAUUUAAAUACAUACUUUAUCUUGCUUCUUUCUCUGACUUACUGAAUUUUGUCUGCUAGAUUAAAGAUUCCUCUUCUGAAAGAAUUUUCAGCCCAUACGAUCUGGGAGGAUAAGUAACAAACAUAUUCCUCUUGGGGAGGUGAGGAAGCUAGUGUUGAUACGUAAGAUCAGUUUUAAACUGAAUAGUAGAUGACGCUGUUUUAAUUUUGUUUCAGGUCAUGGUAAAAUCAGUUUCUGCCUCUAGCUAUCAUACAGAAAUUUGAAAAUGCAAAAUUCCAAUUGUUCAGGUCUUUGUUCGUGUGAUUCAGUGAUAUGAUCACCAUUUGCUGCAUAAGAGCCAACUAUAUACUACAUAUUCUUGGUUACAUCCUUAAAACAUUGUAUAAAGAUAUUUGUAAUCUCACCUAGAUGACAAAUGUGGGAAGUGUUAGAGGGAGGUAGCAUGCAGUCAUUUUAUACAGAUCAUAUACUUGCUAAACUCCUCAGAAGCCUGGCUAUAUUUAAUGGCUCAAGUGUAGUGAGGUGCAGUUCUUGGACUGCAGCUCUACCAGGCGUGCCAAAGAAAAGUCUUCAUUGUUUCACAGCCAGCGUUUGCAAUGCUUAAUCUCCCUGAUGGAUGGUGGGGAUCAGGAUUCCGGUAACCCCAUAAUUAGUAGUUGUUAACAUGUACUGGCUUAGUUCAGGAUCUGGAAUAAGGCUUCCGUACUUCAGGGCUGAAGACUGUCCAUUCUGUUUGUACUCAUUUGACUCUUCUUUCUCCAGUGAUGUCCACAUCUUUCCUCACCCACCAAUCUAAUAUUUAGGUGAAUGUUACGAUUAGAGUAAGCAGCAGCAUAGGUAAUACUGAUCUGAAUUAAAAAACCCUCUCUCUGUGCACUUUUCCUUCCCUCUUAGAGAUGUUUCUGAGUAGUGCUCUAUAAUAUCCAAAUAAAACCCUGUAAGCAGGAAAGUAAUAGCCAGCUCUGAGUCUCAGUAAAAUGAAUACCACUUGUUGGAUUCUGGUCACAGUGUAUGGCUUGUAAAAAUCCCUAUAACUGUGUCUGAUGUUUUUAGAUAGGAAUUUCAUGUAUCUCAUUCUUAAGCACUCACCUGUUGCUGAUGUCCAGGAUGCGGUGCUGGCCAGAAAAACAUUCCCAGUGAGAUGGAGUUCAGACGCCCAUUUAAGCAACAUAAAUCAUUAAACUAAACUGUCAUGGUUUCAGGCUUUCAGGAGAGCGUUGUCAGAUGAAAGGGUUCCAAAGCAGAUCAGUAGCAGCAUGGAGAUAGCUAAUGGCGUGGUACAAACCUGUGUAAAAAUGCUUCUGGUACCUUUGUGCAUGACUGAGUGAGUUUAGCUUUCACACAUUGUCCCAAACUGAAGUAUCAAAUAGCUGGAGAAGAACACAGGAUAUCUGUCAGGGAGUAUAAAUAGGCAGAUCAGCUUGGCAGCUGGUAAAUAAUUUCAACCUUGUAAAGGCCAAGAGUAUACAAUUCAGGUUGUGUUUGGAUAGCAAGUCUAUCACUUCAAGAAAUUAUAUUGAACUAAAAUACGUGUUUUUGGCUAAGAGAAUAUGGGCCUUGAAUUGUAAUAAAGAAACAGACCGUAGUGCUUUUGAUUCAUGAUGAAUACUUGGUAAUGCUGAUAUUUAGAGGCUUAAUAAAUCUGUGUUAACAGAAAUUUGCCUGGA